AUGAUUGAGGACCCUCGAGAAGUCGAGCGGAAGAGACUUCUUGGGAUCGACGAUGCUGAUACCCCAACACGAGAAGAGUUAGCUGCAAUUCUCGAAGAAGUGAAUGAAGGGAAAAUCCCGAGAGACAAGAUUGCCCUUCAAAUGCUGGUAGAGGAAAUGGUUCAAUGGCCUAAUUUAGAGGUAGAAGCAACAAAAAAGGGGAAAUGGAAAUCGAAAUAUGCGAAGGCUACAAACACUGGGAUUGAUCCAGAAUUAGCUGCAAAGAGGCUUAACGUUGACUGGGAUACAACUGCAGAGAUUGAAGAAGAAGAUGGCAGUGACGAGAGUGAUGUCCCUUCAGUUGUGGGAUACGGAGCAUUCUACUUGGUGACCGCGUUUCCAGUGAUAAUUGGUGUAUCGGUGGUGUUGAUUCUUUUUUAUAAUUCUCUUCAGUGA